AUGAAAUAUCUUUUGUUGCUAUUAUUACUUCCCCAGCAAAAUGAUGGCACACCUGAAAACAUUCCUAAGAAGAGAAAUACAGAUGAAUCGUUUAGCAUCAAUCUUGGAGCUGGUUAUGGUAUAGGAUUCGAACAGAAUAAUCAUAAUUUACCAAACAGUACAGUGAAAGUUAAAUCUACUAACUUCUUACCAGCAUUACUUAAAAAUGAAGCAGUAAUUGUUGGUCAACCUUUAACAAAAAAUGAAAAUUUUCAAAAAGUGGAUAUAAAUACGGUGGAAUCUCGGAAUACACCUUUUCCAAACGAAUCUAAUAUGGAUGGUAUGAGAAAAGGGGUCAUGGAUUUAAAACAGCUACAACAGAUAAUUCAUAAUGUUGAUAAUUCUGAAUAUUCAAAAAUCAUACAAGUAGUGAAAGUACCAGCGGUUUAUGAAAUCCAUUUAGAAAAAGUCUCACAGAAACAAAACAAACUGCCAAAGAGUUCGAAACAGUCUUACAUACACCAAAUAAAUAAUUUAAUCAGUAAACCUAAGAAGAAUAUUGUAACAAAAAAUACUAGUAAAUAUCAGAAAUCUAAAGAUUAUAUCAAUAUAGAUAAAUGGAGAGCCGAAAGAGAUAAAGUUGAAAAGCAAAAAAAUGAAAAUCCUUCAAAUAUACGUCAACCAUUUAGCAGUAGACCUGCACCUAUGAACACAGCUAACAAAAAUAUUGUUCUUGAAGAAAAAAAUACGAAUUUUUCACCAAGUUUUUACCCCUUCAACCAACCAUACAACACUCCUACAGAUGUUUAUAGAGCACCACAAACGAGCUUAUUCAGUUAUGAACAUCCAGAAAUACCAAUAAAAAAACCGAUUUACUCGACAUUAACGCACACAGUACCUUAUAAUAUAAGGAGGCAAUACCAAGAGAGAUCAGAAACAAUUCCUGAAGAUCUUGUGUAUGGAACACAGAAAGAAAAAGUUCUUAAUCCUGGUGAAAUUAACAUAACAAUGCAACCAGGUUCUACUAUCAUACGACUUCCGAAAGUAGAAUCAGAAAAUCAUAGAAGAUUUAUGGAAAAUGAGAUGCCGAAAACAAAUUGUGAGAAAGAACGCAGCAUGUACGAACCGAUACACGAUUUCUCUGAUAACGUAUAUUUUACCACAGUCAAACCCAUAGAAAAAAGGAUCGGAUUGAGAAAUAGGUCACCAGUAUUUUCGAAAAAAUUGUAUAGGCGAUCAGACAAUGUACCCAUGGAAUAUAUUUUAUAUAUUAAGAAGGAAUACCAUGAUGGUUGGUGA